AUGCUCUCCCUCAAGACACUCGCUGUUACCUCGGCCCUGGCUCUCCAGGCUGCCGCCGUCAACAUCCGUAUUGAUGUUGGCAAGAACGGACUCGUCUUCAGCCCUAACUCGACAAACGCUGCCAUUGGCGACGUCCUCGAGUUCCACUUCUAUGCCCGCAAUCACUCGGUGGUUCAGGGCCGCUUCGACCAGCCUUGCGCUCCUUUCCCCAACAACCCAUUCUACUCGGGUUUCAUCCCUGCCAGCGAGGGCUCCGAGAACGCUACCGUGUUCCAGGUCACCGUCGCCAGCACCGCCCCGGCCGUCUACUACUGCAGUCAGACCCAGCACUGCGCCAGGGGCAUGUACGCCGUCAUCAACCCGUCGGGCCAGAACACUCUGCAGCAGUACGGCAGCCGCGUGACGACCAACGUCACGGGCAUCGACGCGCCCGCCGGCAUCAGGGUCCCCAACGGCGGUGUCUACAGCGUCCAGUCCAACCUGCAGACCAGCACCGCCACCUCUGCCACCAGCGCGCCCACCUCGGCCGUCACCACCACCGCCGGCCGUCCCACCAUGACCAACAACCCUACUUCCAGCAAGUCUGGCUUUGCCGUCCCGACGCAGGCCCCCCUUUGUCUGUCUCAGAAGCACCCUCGCUCACAAACCAUCCUUCUGCGUGCAGUCAACAACGAUGCCACGAGCCCUAUACAGGAGUACGACCGUCGGGUCAACGAGGGGAUAUUACGAAACGAUGAACAUCAGCGAGGAAUAAUACAGAGCCUUGAACAUCUUCACGAUGAACUACGAGACUAUGAAGCUCCAGCAGUAAAACACCCGUCCCUCGAAGCUCUCAAGGCACCGGCGCAAAAGUCGCUCUUCGGUAGCUUGUUUGGCAGCAAAGGUCCAAAAAAAGCAGCGAUAGGCGACAUCCCCGCGAACCUACCGCGCGGCUUAUACCUCUAUGGCGACGUGGGGUCGGGGAAAACGAUGUUGAUGGACCUGUUUUACGACACUCUGCCGCCGAGUGUCAAGUCCAAGACCCGCAUUCACUUUCACAACUUCAUGCAGGACGUGCACAAGCGCAUGCACAAGAUGAAGAUGCAGCACGGCAACGACUUGGAUGCGGUCCCCUUGAUAGCCGCCGAUAUUGCCGAGCAGGGUAACGUGCUGUGCUUCGACGAGUUCCAGUGCACCGACGUUGCCGACGCCAUGAUCCUACGCCGCCUGCUUGAGUCCCUGAUGUCGCAUGGCGUCGUGCUCGUCACUACCAGCAACCGUCAUCCGGACGACCUGUACAAGAACGGGGUCCAGCGCGAAAGCUUCAUACCCGCCAUCGAGUUGCUCAAGAGCAGGCUGCACGUCAUCAACCUCGACUCGCCGACCGACUACCGCAAGAUUCCACGCCCGCCAUCUGGCGUGUACCACACCCCGCUCGACAAACACGCGCAGUCGCACGCCGAGAAGUGGUUUGCCUUCCUGGGUGACCCUUCGGACCCGGGCCAUCCCGAGACCCAGACGGUGUGGGGGAGGAAGAUCCAUGUGCCGCGCGUCAGCGGCCGGUGCGCGUGGUUUACGUUUGACGAGCUGAUCGGCCGACCGACGGGCGCGGCCGACUACAUCGAGCUGGUUCGGAGUUACGACGCUUUCAUCGUCACCGACGUGCCUGGCAUGACGUAUCGUCAGCGCGAUCUGGCCAGACGCUUCAUCACCUUUAUCGAUGCCGUGUACGAGUCGCACGCCAAGCUCGUCCUGACGACGGCAGCGCCGCUGGGCGAGCUCUUUGUGUCGAGGGAGGAGAUGAGGGAGUCGCUGGCCGCGAGCCGGAAGAAGGAUGCCAAGGACGCCGGCAGGGAGGAACCCGAUGACGGCGAUAUCGAGAGCGCAAUGGGGCACAUGAUGGAGGACCUGGACUCCAAUGUUGACAAGCUCAAGAACUCGAACUUGUUCUCGGGAGACGAGGAGGCGUUUGCGUUUGCGCGCGCGCUGUCUCGACUCAGCCAUAUGGGCAGCAAAGAGUGGGUUGAGAGGGGCAUGGGACUUGAGAGUGCUGGCGGGAAGAAGGAUAAGGACGAUUGGGCCAAGGUGCGGAGCAAGCAGAUGGAAGACAGCAUGUGA